UUCCGGCCGUACGGGCUUUAGGUCGAUAAACGGUCCGCCGCCGAGCAUGCCGCGUGGUGGAGUGUAAAGUGAACCAGAUCCUCCUCGAGCCGGUGCCUCUAAAAUGGCCACAGAAGGAGCGGUUAGCGCCAGGACCACACUCUGGUACCUGGUGUUUGUGGGCUUCGCCGUCAACUAUAUGAUCCGAAUUAACACAAACAUCACGAUCGUAGCCAUGAUCAAGCAAUCGGACCGGGAGUUGGCCGGGAAAACGAAAGUGGACUACGCCUGCUACGAUGAAGGUGCAGUUCAGGCAAACGGAUCCAGCGUCAUGGCAGAAGAAGCGACCUCCGUCACUCCGAAGCAAGACCCGGCCGGGCUGCUACGAUCGCGUGAGCAGAAAAUUCUUUCCCCCGAGCAAAUGUUGAUGAUAUUUUUGAAGCGCGAUCCUCAGAGGGAUGGCUUCGAUUGGAACGAGUACCAGCAGGGUGUAAUUUUGGGCGCCUUCUACUGGAUCCACUGGGUCACGCAGAUACCGGGCGGAAUUCUGGCCCGACGCUACGGAACGAAGCUCGUGUUCGGCGCCAGCAAUGUAAUCGGCUGUUGGCUGUGCUUCCUGAUGCCAAUUGCUUCUUACUGGGAUUACCGCGUGCUUGUGUUUCUGCGCGUCCUUCAGGGGCUAGUAUGUGGUCUAGCGUGGCCUGCGAUGCACCAUAUGGCGGGCCAGUGGAUUCCGCCCAACGAACGGAGCAAGUUCGUCACCGCUUACCUCGGCAGCUCGGUCGGAGUGGCCCUGAACUUCCCACUCUUCGGGUACAUCAUCGCUCGGACGUCCUGGGAGUACGUGUACCAUUUCUGUGGCGUCUUCGGCACGGUCUGGUACGUGGCCUGGUUGUAUCUGGUGUACGACUCGCCCGCCGAACAUCCUCGCAUUCACCCGAACGAGCGGAAGUUUAUCGAGAGCUCGCUCGGCAUCAGCCAUCAGCCGGAGCGGGCGAGUGAAAAGCACACCGGGGCCACCCCCUGGAAGCAGAUCAUCCUGUCGAAGGCCAUGUGGAUGACGGUCGUGGCCCAGUGGGGCGGUAUCUGGGGUCUGUUUACGCUGAUGACCCAGGCGCCCACGUAUUUCAACAACGUUCACGGCUGGGGCAUCGAGAUGACGGGCUUCUUGUCGGGGAUACCGCACCUUUGCCGGAUGCUGUUCGCGUACGUGUUCUCCAUCGUCGGUGACUACCUGCUGAAGAACGAACUCAUGUCCCGGACGGGCGUCCGGAAGAUGGGCGGCACGAUGUGCUGCGUCGUGAACGGAUUUUUCGUGCUGGGGUUGGCCUACAGUGGCUGCAACUCGGCGCUGGCCACCAUCUUUCUGACGCUCGCCACGGCCGUCCACGGAGCGGUAUCAACUGGACCGCUAGCUAACCUGGUCGAUAUGAGCCCGCGGUAUGCGGGGAUACUUUUGGGAGUCUCCGGGAUGAUCAGCGUCGUACCCGGAUUCGUGUCACCGAUCAUCGUGGGCAUGCUGGGCAAUCACACCGUAGAACAGUGGCGGACUAUAUUCCUUCUGUCCGCCGGGAUGCUGAUCGUUUGCGGGCUCAUCUACAUGGUGUUUGCCGACUCGACCACCCAGCCGUGGAACACUUCCGAAGCGCUUCCCGGUGCCGGCGACCAAGACGAGCUGGAAAGUCUGAAGGGUGAGAUGGCGACGAACACCGAACAGAGCCGAACGGUUAGACUAAGUUCCGUGUGAGAGUCGGCCACAGUAUUACGAGCCCAAAGAAUAAACCUCCGCCGGGAUGGCGAGUAGUAUUCGGUUGAAGUUUCGAGUUAAGGCGAAGACUCCGGAUUUGCGUAGAUUUUUUGCACUAGCUUCGCGUACACACACGAACACCUCAUGCAUAUGCAAGCAACAACUCAGCGUGUAGCGGCACAGCAUCCAUAAUGCAAACCCCAUAAACUAGGCCGCCGACCCCCUCGGGGGAGGCGAUGUCUCAACCGCGACACGAUAUAACAAGGAUUCACACAAGACGCCACGAUAAGACGAAGCGAGCACCCCUAUGCGUGCCCCUGCGGACGGAAGUUGUCAAUAGCCUCGGACCGGGCUCGGUAUCAAUCGCAUGUACUUCAAGGACACCUUUUAUCCGGGAGUUCCAGGGCGCCCGCGAUAAAAUAUUCAAAUGCAGUAAAAGACACUUU